GAGAAGAGACAAUGAGCUCAGCUAUGGAUGGUGGACGUCACAGUGUGGAGAGACCAUGGGAUCCCUCUGACUCUGAGCGACCUCGUCCUGUGAGGGAAGGUGCCGGAACAGGGGAGAAGCUUUAUUCCUGUUCAGAGUGUGGAAAAAGCUUUUCACAGAAGCACAGUCUUUCUACACAUGAGAGAUCGCACACAGGGGAGAAGCUUUAUUCCUGUUCAGAGUGCGGGAAAUGUUUUUCACAGAAGCACAGUCUUGCUACACAUGAGAGAUCGCACACAGGGGAGAAGCUUUAUUCCUGUUCAGAGUGCGGGAAAAGUUUUUCACAGAAGCACAGUCUUUCUAUUCAUCAGAGAUCUCACACAGGGGAGAGACCUUAUGCUUGUGAUGAGUGUGGGAACAGUUAUGUACAGAAGGCCCAUCUUACCAUACAUCAGAAAUCACACACAGGAGAGAAGCCCUAUUCCUGCCUGGAGUGUGGGAAAAGUUAUCCACGGAAAUCAUACCUUCUUAUACAUCAAAGAUGGCACACAGGGGAGAAGCCGUAUUCCUGCGAAGAGUGCGGGAAAUUAUUUUCACACAAGUCCAGCCUUAACAAACAUCAGAGAUGUCACACGGGUGAGAAGUUUUAUUCCUGUCCUGAGUGUGGGAGGAGUUUCUCGCAGAGCUCCAACCUUUACAGACAUCUGAAGUCUCACACGGGUGAAAAGUUGUAUCCCUGCGUGGAGUGCGGAAAAAGUUUUUCACAGAAGACCAAUCUUGCUGUGCAUCAGAGAGUACACACAGGCGAGAAGCCUUAUUUCUGUCCUAGGUGUGGGAAAAGCUUUGCAGAUAAGUCCUGUUUUUUAAGGCACGAGAGAAGGCAUCAGGGGGAGAAGAAGUUUUCCUGUCCUGAGUGCGGGGAAAGUUUUCUUUAUAAAUCUGAUUUGGUUAGACAUGAAAGGUGUCACACGGGGGAAAAGCCGGUUUCCUGUUCUGAGUGUGGAAAAAGUUUUCUUCAUAAAUCAGAACUGGUCAGACAUCAAAGAUCUCACACAGGUGAGAAGCCAUUUUCCUGUUCUGAGUGUGGGAAAAGUUUUACACAGAAGACCCAUCUUCUCAGACAUCAGAGGUUGCACACAGGCGAGAAGCCAUUUUCCUGCUCUGAGUGUGGAAAAAGUUUUCUUCGUAAAUCAAAAAUGGACAUACAUUACAGAUCCCAUACAGGGGAAAAGCCGUAUUCCUGCCCUGAGUGUGGGAAAAGUUUUUCAGAUAAGGACAAGCUUUCCAGACAUCAGAGACUGCACACGGGCGCAAAACCAUAUUCCUGCCCUGAGUGCGGGAAAAGUUAUAAACAGAAAUCAGACCUUGUUGUACAUCAAAUAUCUCACACUGGGGAGAGCCCAUAUUCCUGCCCAGAGUGUGGGAAAUGUUUUUCACAGAAGUCCAAUCUUUCCGUACAUCAGAGAUUGCACACGGGGGAAAAGCCGUAUUCCUGCCCUGAGUGUGGGAAGUGUUAUCCACGGAAAUCAGACCUUGUUAUACAUCAAAGAUCUCACACAGGGGAGAAGCCGUAUUCCUGCCCUGAGUGUGGGAAGUGUUUUUCACAAAAGUCCCUUCUUUCCAGACAUCAGAAGGUGCACACAGGCGAAAAGUUGUAUGCCUGCCCCGAGUGUGGGAAAAGUUAUACACAGAAAAUAGAACUUGUUACACAUCAAAGAGCUCACACAGGAGAGAAGCCUUAUUCCUGCCCUGAGUGCGGAAAAAGCUUUUCACAGAAGACGAAUCUUUCCACACAUCAGAAACUGCACAGGGAUGAGAAGCCGUAUGUAUGCUCUGAGUGCGGGAAUCGUUAUAUACAGAGAUCAGAGCUCCUUAAACAUCAAAGAUCUCACACAGGGGAGAAGCCGUACACCUGCCCUGAGUGUGGGAAGUGUUUUACACGUAAGGGAAAUCUUACUGAACAUCUGAAUUGCCAUACACAGGAAAAACCUUAUUCCUGCCCUGAGUGCGGGAAAUGCUAUCCACGGAAAUCAGGACUUACGAAACAUAAAAAGACUCAUAGAGGGGAGAAGCUGUAGUCAUGCCCUGAGUGUGGGAAA